CCCCCUGAACCUCUGUUUCUUCCCCUUCCUCGCCUACAUGCCUUUGCAUCCUCUGCUCCCCGAUAUAUGCUACGAGUAAUUAAUAUUCUUCUGGCUUGUUGCGCCAUAUCGUCGCCUCCUCUUGGCUACCUCCCAGGAUUAUCCAUCAUGCAUUUGCAUGGUAUGAGUGACAUGGCUGCUGAAUGUGGGAGUGGCAACUGUGAUGCUUGGGCAGCGAGAGAUCCUUCCGGAAUCCUCUCCCCGUACAAAUUCAACCGCAGGGAAGUACAGAGUGAAGAUGUUUCUUUGAGGAUCACACACUGUGGAGUAUGUUAUGCUGAUGUCAUUUGGACACGGAAUAUGUUCAACGAUUCGAUAUACCCUUUGGUUCCUGGGCACGAGAUAGCUGGAGUUGUAACUGAGGUUGGUGCAGACGUCAAGGGGUUCAAAGUGGGCGACCAUGUAGGUGUUGGCGUAUAUGUGAAUUCAUGUCAGGACUGCGAGAACUGCAAUAGCUCUCUGGAGAACCACUGCUCGAAAUGUGUCGUCACUUACAACAGUGUUGAUUCAGACGGGACCGUAACAAAGGGUGGAUAUUCCAGUCAUAUACUAGUGCAUCAAAGGUACUGCUUUAAAAUACCUGCUGACUACCCUUUGUCAAAGGCAGCACCACUGCUUUGUGCGGGAAUUACCGUAUAUACUCCAAUGAUACGACAUAACAUGAACCAACCAGGGAAGUCACUUGGCGUCAUUGGACUAGGUGGGUUGGGUCACAUGGCAGUAAAAUUUGGGAAAGCCUUUGGACUCAAAGUGACAGUUUUUAGUACAAGUGAAUCAAAGAGAGAAGAAGCUAUCAACCUUCUUGGUGCAGAUAAUUUUGUGAUAUCAUCAGAUGAAAAUCAGAUGGAGUCACUGAAAAGUUCCCUUCACUUCAUUAUUGAUACUGCAUCUGGUGAUCACCAGUUCGAUCCUUAUCUCUCGCUUCUGAAAGUUGGUGGUGUAAUGGUGCUACUUAGCUUCCCAAGUGAAAUCAAAGUUCAUCCUGAAAACCUUAAUCUCGCUGCGCGGAGCUUAGCUGGUAGUGUAACAGGGGGUACAAAGGAUAUCCAGGAGAUGAUAAACUUCUGUGCUGCAAACAAUGUUUACCCAGAUAUAGAGAUGAUCAAGAUAGACUACGUCAACGAGGCUCUUCAGAGGCUCAUCAACCGGGAUGUGAGAUUCCGCUUUGUAAUCGACAUCGAGAACUCUUUCAAGUAGUAUAUCUUCGCCGUAUACGGUAUCAGAAGUAACGAUCGAAGUUUGUGACAUAAUAAUAAAUCGAACUACAUAAUAUUGAGACUUGAUCAAGGGACAGCUCCAGAAUAAAAUGUUCCAUAUUAAGAGAAAAUUUGGUUCUGUUUUUAGUUAUUUUUAAUCCCAAUAUUUUUCA